AUGCACCGCCAGCCGGCCACCCGGCUGGGCGGAGGCGGAGGCGGAGGCGGCGGAUUCGGAGGCGGCGCGACACUGCCCGCGUCCGGCUAUUGCGGCGCCCCGGGCAGAAGCCAGCGAGCACACAGCUCCACCUUAUUGGCGGACGCGGCUCCAGGAUACGCGCUCCGAAAGGGCCUGACGACUCGUCAUCCCCACUUGGCGGUGGUGGUGGCGUUCUUCAUCUGUUGGGCGCCGUUCCACGCGCAGCGGCUGCUCGCCGUCUACGCCUACAGCUCCGAGUCGCUGCGAUCGUCGGCAACUUUCGUCACCAUCUACCAGGUCCUCACCCACAUCUCGGGCGUCUUCUACUUCCUCGGCACCGCCAUCAACCCGCUACUCUACCACAUCAUGUCGCACAAGUUCCGGCAGGCGUUCAAGGAGACGCUGUCGGAGCUGUGCGGCUGGAGGCGGCGCAAGCGGCGGCCGAGGCGCGCCUACAGCGCCGUGUCGCCCGGCCACAAGGCGCCGGCGCGGUCGCUGCCGCAGCAGGCCGCGAGCAACGACAGCCAGGCCACACUCACCACAUCGCUCAGCAGGAUCAGCAUCGGCGCAGACGAGCUGCCCGCCGCGGCCGCCUCCGCCGACCGCCGCCUAGACGUCAACGGCUGCUGCCACCACAAGCUGGAGCUCAUCAGCGAGCACUACUCCAACGAACGAACCAGCGACGGCAACGCGCCCGCGGCGGCCGAGGAGCGCUCCGUCAGCAGCCUCGCCAAGAAGAUCCGUGAUGGCACGCGCACCAUCUUCAAGCGCGAUGUGGCCACCUCCACUGCCUCUGCUACUCCCGCCAACGCGUCCGAGCAGCGGCCGCUGUCAGAGCCCGGUCGCCGUUCGCCCAAAUUACGGCACGCGGACUCGCUCCAUUUGAGCAUCGACAGUGCCAAGAGCACCAUCAGUAACUCCAGCUUGCAAGAUAUGGACGAGAUGGAAUUCGACAGCUCAGAGUUGGCCCACUACAUGGGCGAGCUUAAUGAACAGGGUCUGGCUCGGUAGGAGACGCCAUACUUCGACUGUCCAUUCUUGAAGACCGCUAGGAGGUCAUCUUCAAAAGCAUCUGCAAAAACCACAUAAAACUGAUGUAUAUUGUCUCGCUAGAACACUGUUUUCUCUUAUGAAAAAGUACGUUGGCGUAGUUAAACUACUUGACACUUUAAAAACAAUGCAUGUCCCACAAUAUUGGAAAAAAUACCCUGACCCAUAGAGUUAGCUCACACAAGCAGAGCGUCUGAGGUUACAAGGCGUCUGAUGACGCUAACGAUCUCAUCAGCCAACUAGUGUGUAGAGGAAAUGACGUGGAAGUAAUCGAAACAUAGUCGUGGGUUGUUUGAUCACGUUAUUUUUCCAUCUUCGCUUUUCCUCAGGACAGGUGUUACAACUGCACAGCCGAAACCAGUCUCGCAAAUACGUUUGCAUUUCUCGACCAUCUGUGGUUUACAAGCUGUAUGAAGGAAUACUUCCAGUCAUUAUGCCUCCUCAUCCAAUCGUCCUCUUCUAAACUACAUUGAAAAGAGAAUAGCUAAACUGUUGCGAUUCUGGGACGGCUGUUGGCAGCAACUAAACAACUUAUGAGAUUGUAAACCCCCAGAAAUAAGGAGAGAAAACUCAAGCAGUUCCUCCAAGUGCACCUUUGCAAAUCUUUUAUGACAGAUGAGAAUGGCGAAAUGGGUAAGAUAGACGUGGAAAUUGUAGUGUUGCAUAAGCGGGGUUCCUGGAUAGUUACACCAGUAUCGUGCUAAGAUAUCUGUAAAAUUUAUGGGUUAAUAAAACAUAAUAUUGUUACUCCUUAUCGUGAAGACGAUCGUGAGAAUAUAUUUCGUUCGUGCAGGUCAUCCACGCCGAUGUCUCAGCUCGUAGUUUUUGAUAUCCGCAAAAAUUUAGCUGAAUUUUUCUCAAGUACAUGCUUUGGGGAUUCAUUAUGAAUAGAGAUAGUACAUUUCACUAUGGAAGAAUCCAUUUUCUUGCUUUGACUGAGGUAAAACGGGUAUUUCUGUGUUUAUGGAUAACCCUAACCCAGUAGGUCUCCUUAAAUAAACUGAAUAAACAUGGACCUGCGAAUUCUAUGCUGUUCAUACUACAAGAGAAGCAGUACUUUCUCGAAGAUUAUAGUGACUGGUUACCACUUGAUAAUAUGAUAUCAUAGGCUGAUAAUGGACAAUUUGUCUCCAUCAGCACCAACUGAAUGAGGUAGUGCACAUAUCUGCGUACUAGACUCGUAAUCGAAGUAAGGUUCAAAUGCCCAAACUAGCGUUUUGGUUUGGAUUCCAUUGGUUUCUCGAAAUAACUUCAGGUGAAUGAGCGGAUGAUUCCUUCAGCAAGACCACGAAUGGUUCUCUCAGUCUUCAUCCAUACGAGUAAUUGCUCCAACGAUCUCGAUGCCGACAGGACAUUAAACGCUAAUCUUAUUUCCUUUGGUGAGGAUCAUGUUCACACACUGUGUAGUAGACUGUGUGGCUGCAUUAUACACUGUCCAGUCGCAUUAAUGUGAUCACCUGUCAAAAGCCUGAAUAAGCUCCAUUUGCAGUGCGAGACGUUCAGGAAGAAAGUCAAUGAGGUUUUGAAAGGUACCAACAGGAAUGUGGGCCCAUGCAGACUCUAGUGCUGUGACAAGCUACACAAGGUUUAUCGUUUGAGGAUCCAUGGUGCAGACAGCCCGAUUGAGGUGGUUCCACAAAUUCUUAAUUGGGUUUUAAUCAGGGAAGUUUGGUAGCCAGUGGAGUACGAUAAACUUAUACUGGUGCUCUUCGAACCACAAAUGUAACUGUGUAUGGUGUGACACUUUGCAUUAUCCUGCAAGUAGAUGUCAUCGUGUCGAGGAAAAACGAACUGCAUAUAGAGGUGUACAUGGUCCCCAAGAUAGGUGCAUACUUGUGUCGAUCCAUUGUGCCCCCCAGAAUAACGAAAUCAGCCAAGUAAUCUCACGUAAACAUCCCCCAGACCGCAACCUUCCCUCCUGGUUGAAGUGAGUUUGCUUUCAGCCCUUUCCCGCCAUUCACGCCAACGACCAUCUAUUCGAUGGAGAAUAUAACGUCAUUGAUCUAAAAAGACCACCUUUCGCCACUCCGUGAACAUACAGUUGCGGUAUUGGCGUGCAAAUUGCAAGCUUCGUCGUCUAUGAACAGCAGUCAGCAUGGGAGCAUAAACCAGGCGCCUGUCGUGGAGGCCCAUACGCAGCAACGGUCGCUGAACAGUAGUUGAGGAGACACUGUUGGCAGCCCCUUGGUUCAUUUGGGUGGUCAGCUGCUCAACAGUUGCACGUCUAUUCGCGUGUACACAUCACCGCAGCUGUUGUUCACCCAUGUCAUCUAAGGCUUGUAGCGCACUACAGUUGGCUUGGCUCCCGUUUUUGAUGGAGCUUUUUUGCCAUUUAAGGUACACAUUAACCUCGGUGGCAGGUGAACAGUCUACAGCCGUUUCGGAAAUGCUUCCACCCUUGGCGCGGCAGCCAGUGCUCAUACCCAUUUGGACUUUAGAUAAAGUGCUCCAUUUACACAUUACGAUAAUGAGUGCGCUGUUUUUCGGCGACCCCACUACGUGCUUUAUAUACCCUCAAUUGCAAGUGCUGGCACUUGCCUUCUGUCAGUGGUUACUGCGCGUUAAAGUUACACAUAGGCGAUGGUCAAGUUAUUGUGAUCGGGCCAUGCAUAUUGCCACACAUUACACUUCUUGGCUCUAACACGGAAAGUGCCUAGAGAAAGGCUUCAUGUUGCUUCUUAUCAGAAAUAAUACGAGAUGAGUCACUAUCUCGGAUAAAGGAUUGGUCGUUAACAUUUCGUGAAUAUGAAGAUGCCAUGUUUUGGUAUGAACCAAAGUGACUAAUUAAACUAGAACCUAAAUCAAAACAAUCAGACAGUUUUCAACACGUUCUUUCUGCGAAUCAGUCCAGUAAAGAUUGCAAGUUAAUGUCACUAACGUGAAAUCAUUAUCCCAAUGAAAAUAAUGCGAACUGUCGAGAUUCGUGUAGCUGAAAACAAAGGGUGGUGUUUUCUUUGUUUGUCCAGUGAGAGAUAUAAUCAUGUUUUGUAGAUGAUUAACAAUAAAUACAGGUAGAUAAUGUGAUCACUACCCUGAAUUCGUAGAACGAAACAAAAAAAUAAUAAAAAACUGACCACGUCCGUUGUUACUGCAACGGUAACCUAGAUGUAUUGUUCAAUUUUCAGUACUUCCCUGGACGUCACUGGAGUUGGCGUAUCUAAAAUGCGGCUAGCAAAGACGUUAAGGACGUAGUUAAAGA